AUGCAGCCGCAGCAGGUGAUGAUGGCGCCGCAGCAGCCCGGCUACUUCGUGCAGCCCACCUACGCGGUGCCCGUCGGCUACGCCAUGCCGGCCGCGACGGAUCCCGCGUGGGAGCAGUUCAAGGCGUGCGACAUGGAUCACAACGGGACCGUCUCCCCGAAGGAGCUGCAGAACAUGCUCGCCGCGACCGGGCUCGUGCUCAGCAUGCAGACGUGCGCGCAGCUCGUGAAGCUUCACAACAAGCGCUCGAACCCGAACGACUCCACGCCGGACGCGCUCAAUUACGACGAGUUCAAAGAGAUGCAGACGUUCCUAAACAACGUGCGGGGGUCGUUCGAGCACUUCGACAGGUCUAAGAACGGCGCGCUCGACGCGGGCGAGUGCACGCAGGCGCUUCAACACGCUGGGUUCGGGAACGUGGAGCAGACCGCGGUCGCGACCGCGAUGAAGGCGUUCGAUCCCGACCAGUCCUUCUCGCUGUCGUUGGAUCAGUACAUCGCGUUUUCUCUCUUCUUCUUCGGCGCGAGGAAGGCGUUCGACGCGUUCGAUCGCUCGGACGCGACCCAGGUUGGGAGGAUCACGAUCGAUUUCAACCAGUUCGUGUACGCGAUGUCGAUGACGCGCUGA